AUGCGUGUUCUCUUCUGGAACAUCAAUGGAGUUGCUCGUGAGGCAGCCAGAGACAAGCUGAAGGAGUUAAUUAAAGAAUUUAAGCCUGAUAUAUUCUGCAUUGCAGAACCUAAGGUUUAUUGUUCUGAUAAUUUUUUGCAAGGGUUACAUAUUUCUGGUUAUAUGAGAAACGUUAUUCAUAAUUCUGUUGGGAGGUUGAAAGGGAAUAUUUGGAUCUUUUGGUCUGAGGAGAUGGUAAUGCCUAAUAUAAUAAACUCUAGCAAACAAGCUGUUACAAUUGAAGUUGAUGGUGUUAUGAUCUCUUUCAUUCACGCAAGCUGUAUUCAAGUCACUAGAAGAAACUUAUGGCAGCAACUGUCUUCUCGUGAUUGUACAACUCCUUGGUUAGUCAUGGGAGAUUUCAACUGUGUCUUACAUAAUGAGGAAAAAAGAGGAGGGCGUGAGCCUAGAACUUCUGUCAUCAAUGAAUUUGCUGAUUGGAUGGAUGAUAAUGAUCUCUUUGAAGCAGACUCCUUGGGUUCUAAAUUCAUUUGGGCUAAUGGUCAAUCAGGUGUAAGAAGAAUUCUUUGUAAAUUGGAUAGAGCCUUGAUUAAUGAAGCUUGGAUGAAUAAAUUUGAGAACUGGAGAUGUAAGGCUCUCCCUAGGGAAGUAUCCGAUCACUCUGCUAUUAUUGGUUUUCCUAUUACUUUUUUGAGGCCAAAAAGAGCUCUUUUCAGGUUUCAAAAGAUGUGGUUUGUGCAUAAUGAUUUCAUGAGUUUGGUUAAGGAGAACUGGAAUGCUCCUGUUUUAGGUUCUCUGGCUUUUAUCUUUCCCUUCAAGCUUAAGAGAUUGAAGAAUGGUCUAAAGGAAUGGAAUAUGAGGGUUUUUGGUAAUGUUCAUGCUAGGUUUAAGCAAGCUAAACUGACUUUAGAAGUUGCUCUUCGUAUUUCUGAUGAAGAUCCUGAGGAUGUUAGCAAGCUUAAUGCUGCCAAAGAUGCGUCAAGUACUCUCCAAGACAUUAGAGCUCAACAAGCCAUUAUGUUAAAACAAAAAUCAAGAAGUAAAUGGUUGUUGGAGGGUGCAAGUAAUACUUCUUUCUUUCAUGCCAAUAUUAGAACUCGUAGGAGCAACAAUAUGAUUUCUGAAUUGGUAGAUGGUAAUGGGAAUAUUCUAACAGAUUUUGAACAAAUUCGAGACCAUGUUGUGUCUUUUUAUGAGGCUAAAUUUAAUGGUUCAGACCUGCCUAUAGAGGAAGAUCUGUUUGAGUAUGAACACAACAUUAUUUCUGUUGAAGACAGUCAAAGAAUGGAUGCAAUUCCGACUCUAGAUGAAAUUAAAGAGGCGGUUUUUAUUCUUGGAGUUGACAGUGCACCUGGCCCUGAUGAGAAGGUUAUUCCUCAAGGUACUAAUUCUAGUCUCUUGAUUUUACUUGCCAAGGUAAAAGGAGCAAACACUCUUAAUAAUUUUCGGCCUAUUGGUCUUAGUAAUUUUUUCUUUAAAAUUUUCACUAAGAUCCUAGCUACUAGACUUGGUAGUGUCCUUGAUAAUCUUGUUUCAGAAGAGCAAGUUGCGUUUAUGAAGGGGCGUAACAUUCAUGAAAACAUAAGUGUUGCUUCAGAGAUGGUUAAUGAUCUUAAGACAAAACGUAAGGAUGGCAAUGUUGGUCUCAAGCUUGAUAUUACUCAAGCUUUUGAUACGGCUAGCUGGUCUUUUGUCUUGGGGGUCUUUCGGAGGUAUGGUUUUUCUGAAAAUUAG